AAAAGGGCAUCGCUUGCCCCGUGCGCUCUCGCGCCGUGUUUUGCGUUACCAUUAUAACGAUAGUACACCACAUUCCUCAUGUUUUGUUAGCUUACAUACUGCUAAUAUAGCUAAGUGGGAAUGGAGGCGUUUAACCAGCUUUUGUUGGAAUAUCCUGAAUUAAUGUACAGUGGAGUCGGAGCUACGGCGUUUGUCGCCGGUGGAGCGCUGAUAUAUAAAAUCGCCACCAGGAAGAAGCCAACCCAUGCAAAUGUGAACUGCUGGUUCUGUGAUCGAAACACAGUGGUGCCCUAUGGGAACAGGAACUGCUGGGACUGUCCCAACUGUGACCAGUACAAUGGCUUCCAGGAGAAUGGGGAUUACAACAAACCUAUCCCAGCUCAGUACAUGGAGAAUCUGAACCAUGGAGUAUCUGGUAGCCUUCCCUCAUCUGAGACACCCAAGACACUGCAGUGGGUCAACUGUCAGAUGCUGCUAUGCAGGAAGUGCAAUAACAACCAGACUAUAAAGAUCAAGCAGUUGGCCUCAUUUAUCCCAAGGGAUGAUGAGAACUACGACGAGGAAAUUGAAGCCUACAAGCACCACCUGGAGCAGACCUAUAAGUUAUGUAGGCCGUGUCAGACAGCGGUGGAGUACUACAUAAAAUAUCAAAACCGUCAACUUCGAACAGUGCUCCUCAACCAACAGCUUCGGCGCAGCGGAGAAUCCGACAAGGGUUUUGUAAAGAGCUCCUAUUUUGCUUCUUCUCCUACGGGGGUCAUACUUUUACGGGCCCUCGCCUUCCUGAUAUGUGCUUUCCUAGUUGCUACAUCUUUGUGUGACUUGCCACACCAGCCUACUUCGCUUAGUGGCCCACAGACAUUAAGUGGUGGGGUCAUUCCUCCAAAGCCUAAGCCCCACAAUGAAUCCACUCCUAACAACGAAAGCAGUGGAGGCAUACCUGUAUGGCAGGGUCUGCUGGAGCUGGUCCCAGACAAGGCCAUAGAAAAUGCCAGGCUGGUGUGGCAGCAUGGAAAGGAGAACCAGCUGGCUGUAGUUUCCAUUGGCCUGUUGACCUAUCUCACUGCUAUCUUCUUAGCAGGACCUGUGAGAUUGAGGAGAAUUGAUGCCGUGGCCUCUGUCCUGUGGUUCAUCAUUCUGUGCCUCCACCUGGCUGAGAGCUACUUGACCGAUGCCUCGGGCUGGAUGGGCAGCUACUUGACUGACGCCUCGGGCUGGAUGGACACAGCCAAGCUCAGUACUGUCUCCCUCUGUUGUGUUGUCAGCCUUGCCGCUGCUGUGGCAACUCGCAAACCACUGGGUCCAAGAAGAGCCAGAUAUCGAAGGUCAGAAUCUGAGCAGUAAUGUUCAAAUUGUGUUUGAAACAUGGGAUUUUGUAAAGAGUCCUCUUUCCAUGAGAGGUUUGUCUUCAUUAGAACCAGUUCCAAAAACACAAUCUAGAAGUGUUCCAUAACAGAACAGUGGACAAGCGGUUUUUAAUUCACUUUUUUACUCGUAACCACCUCUUUUACUGCUGUGUGCGAAUGACUGAGGUAAUGACAUGUGAAUGGCAAACUUAAAGCAUAGGAUUGUGUGUGUGGCCCAUGAUAGGAACAAAACACCAGUGCUACUUGCUAAAUCACAUCAAAGCCUCACCUUCAAGCACACAUGGUCUACAGUUGUCUGUGUGUAAACAGAGACAGUUUUUAAUCUUUUAGUAGUAAAGGGUACUAUUACACAAAAAAGAUAGUGUGAUGUGAACCACUCACAAUUGUUAAUCCAUCUGGUUGGUAACCGAAUUGUCUUUGACUCAAUGAUAGAUUUCUUAUUUUUGGUGUGUUUUAAUGAGAGAAACUGACUAAGGAGACUUCCAGGAAUCAUGUAAUCAAACAUUAAUCAAGAAUUAUUAAGAAACCAACACUAAUAAGAUAUUAUUAUUGUUAGCUUUUCUCAUUGAUAAUUCUUUAACUAUAACGUGUGGUGGACUGUUUUUAAGCUAUAUUGUAACAUUCAAGUACCAAACUAGUACUAAACUAUGUAUUCUACGCUAAAUUUAAGAGCAUUUUGAAUGUACUCAUUUAUUUAUUAACACUCCUGGUGUAUCACUAACUACAGCUCAUUGCAUGUGAAGACACUGCAGGCCAUACUCAAGAUGCGGUUUUUGAAUAAUCACAUCCCUCCUGUAUUGCGCCACAUCAUCUACAAUUUCUGAUCAAAGAAUGACCCUGGAUAUGUCAAAAAAAAGUGUUCGUCGUGAGUUCUUUGAAGCCUCUAUUUAUUUAUAACUGAUGUCCGCAAGGAGUCUCUUAGGAACACAUCCAUUCUGAAGCAACUGAUCAGUUCUCACGACAGAGCUGACUGAAGUACUUCCAUGUGUGAUAUCUUUGUAGUGGCUGCCAUUGCAUUUUUAUCCCGAUAACCACUGCAUACAAAUUCUGUGAAUCUCGAUCAAUAGUUUUAACUGUAGCCUUUUUCCCCUUUUCUUUACGAUGGAAAUGUUAAAUCAUAGUAGUGUAAGGUUCAUGUGCUUAUUGCCAUUUGAAAAUAUAAACGGCUGCCUAGGAAAAGCAGUCACUAGUUUAUCAAUGUUUUCCCCCAAAUUGUUAAUUAAAAGGUCUUGCUAUUUGCUACUUGCUGCUCUUGUCCGUCCCCAUUGCUGUGAUCUUGUACCCCUGUGAUUAUUAUUUGGAUCAUGCUUCAUUUUUUUCCUCUGCCUUGAAAUUAAGCAUGACCUUCACUGUAAACCAAUGACCCCUUUUCUGCUUUGUAUUCUGUAUUUGAAUUAUGUUUUUGAAAGCUGAUGCUUACAAGUAGUGCCUACCUGGCAGGUACUUGUCUUGGCAUUUGCUCUGAUCAUGUCUAAGAAGUAGUCUGGCGUCCUUGGAACAGUGUUUGAACAUGCAAACAUUAUUAAGGCCUCAACUCUGCAACUGAAUAUUAUAUUUGGCGGGAAAUGCUUCAAUUGUAAUGUAAACUCCAAGCAGCAAGCAAGUGCUCUGCUGAGUAGGUAAGUCAAAGUUAUAAGACUCAAUGUAGUUUGAUGUGUGUAGUUUAUACCUAACAUGUUGCGCUCAUUCAAGAUCAGGCAUUUCAAACUCAGCUGUAUUAGAAGUACUUAACGUGCAGGGUUUACCCUUGUCCAGGCAGGUUAUCUUUCAUCCUAAGAUUUUAAUAUUUUUAACCAAGUCAAGUCACGUAAUGCUGGACUGUAAUAUUUUUAGUUAUAGUAAAUCUGAAAUUGCUGCAUUACCAUUUGCAACUAAAAUUAUUAGACUUAUAUUGCACUUAUCUAUUGCUACCCUUAAUCCCUUUGCAUGUUAAUGUAUUAAAAACACUGAUGGACUUACUAGUUGCAUGCGCUAACAUUUCAUCUCUCGCCAAAUUAUUUCCAUUAACCGGUUUUGUUUUACUUUGAUGGAAUGUAUUGUAGUGAAGGGGUAUAUUUACUUGACCGUAAUAUGAAAAUGUGUUACAAACUAAUAGCUGUAGAAAGUGUUUAUAGGUUGUAUUUGGUGGUUUAAAUUGCAUGUCUUGUUGUCCUGUAGUUGGAGUUAUGUUCUCAAACCAGCGCCUUUGGUAUAGUAGUCUCAAAGUUUUGGGAUUUGUGUUUUUUUUUUUUUUUUUUUUUUUUUACAACAAAAGUACUGCUUAAUGUAAGACUUUAAAUAUGUUGUUUGUAGGUUAUGAGGAAAGUAUUGACUCUGUUUAUAAUCUCUACAACUCAAAGUAAUUUCCAUGUUCCAUGAUUUGACUUUUCUCUCUGAAAAAUUGACUUCAAAUAUUGCAGUGCUAUAUAGUGUUCUAGCAUGAUGAAUGAUACUUUGAUUUAUCAUGCUAUAGCAUCUAUCAGUAAGCGUUAUCACUUACUUUUCUACCUUCCAUAAACCGCAUCAUGUGACAAACUGCAUCUUAAACACUUGACAAAAAUAAUAUUUUAUCAAAAUGAAAUGUCGCACAACUCUUCUCAAAUACUCUUUUCCAGGUCACCCUUGUAAAAGGGAUAAUUGAUCUCAAUGGGUCUUACCUGGUUAAAUUUGGGCUAAAUAAAAAUUUAUCCAAUUUAUUCAUCCACCCUGAUGAAGUCAAGAUAACUGAAAACGUCCGAUGAAUAAAGUGUGGUGUACUGGAGAAGCGUUGUGUGACAUGUUUUAAUUUGGGUGGACUUGCAUUUAAGCUUACACAGGUCUGCACCUCACUGUCUGCAUUCUCAAAGUAAGACAAAUAUUUAAUAUUGUAUAUUUUUACCUUUUUUGUUUGUUUGCAUAAGUUACAUCUAAAAUGUAUUAUCUUUGCCAAAGUUUUAGAUGCCAUGCUAGAAAGUUUGUGUUCACUAUGAACUUCCAGGUUGUAUUUAUCUAAUUGUGUGUGUGGUUUUUAGAGAAUUUCUCUAGCUACCUGUUAAGCUGUAUGACUGUAAACCGUCAAGUAUUUAGCUCUAGAAGCACUACAUUCAAACUUUUAUGUUAAUCACAACUUGCCAAAUGCAACUGUAGUAUUAUAUUGUUACUACAAACAUUUUGUGGUGCUUAACAGUGAUAGCUGUAGAACUACCUUUUUUUUUCUAAUGGAGCUGUGAAUAUCCAUGUUUUUACUGCACUGUUUUACUAUGGAUAUCCAGUAUGUAGCUAACAAGGUUGUCAUUUCUAAAUGUUUUAGCAAUGUGUGUGAAUAUGUUGCAGAAACACUAAAAGACUCUGUACUUAAAAAUGUAGUUUGUGGUGAGGUUAUUAUGCCAAAUAUUCAUACUUUAUACACAAUGAAGCAAUACUUUGCAAUUCCAAACUAUAGCCUAAAUAAGCUAAUUAACUAUAUCUCAAUCUGAUCCGUUACUAUGCAUUUAUAUAUUGUGUAGUAGCCUCAAAUGGAGCUCCGUCCAUGCUGAUAGGGUUCCAUACAGCAUGCAUACUGUACCCAAUGAAACAUACUGCGUUUUGAAUGCUCAGAUGCUGA